AUGGACAAUGGGAUGAUCGAGCCCUCUUACCUGCGGACUAUGCAAUCCAGACUGCGCCGCCGUGUGAUCUUCAUGGUUCCGAAAAGUCCAAGCACCACUCCCGACGGUUUUCACUUCAACUGGGGGUGUUGCUUCACCAAGAGCGACAACAAGAAGCAGCUAGGCUACGUCUUCGGCUCGCUGCAUGAGGAGUACUUGCGCGACCUCACGGCAAAAGUCAGUGAGAUCGCGAGUAUCUUUCAAGCUGAGAGAACCUUGGUGAUGGGGUACAGCAUGGGUGGCUUUGGCGCCUUUCAGCUUGGGUCCAUGGCUCCAGACGUCUUUGACGUGGUGGUGUCUGUUGCCGGGUAUGGCGUGGGAACGUUGGAGCCUCAAGGUGAGAUGUAUGAUGCACCACAGCCACAAGCAGGGGAACGAUUUGAGAAGUUUCUUCAGCAGGUCGCAUCAAGGCUGAGCGUCGUGCCGGUCGUUCUCGCCAUGCACUCAAGGAAAGAUUCGAUGUCAAGCUUCCGAGAUGUCAACGCCAUCAUCCGCCACGUACAGGAGGUCAGCUUGAAAAAAGGUUCCGAGAACAUCGUCCAGCUCCUCGAGGUCCCUGAUGAGAAGGCGGACUCCGACAGAGGGCGCAAGAAGAAGAACAAGAGCGGCCAUCACUACUUCAACUACACCUUGCUGGACGACACAAGUGACGAUUUUUUCUGGUCAAAGCUGCAGGGCUUCCUUCGAAUUGCUGCUCCGCGACUGGAGCUGCAGACAGUGAGCUUCGACUCCAUCGCACGCUUCGGGACGUCGAAUACAGGCAAACCCGUGUGUGCCAAAUGUGGUCCUUGGUGGAAGGCUAGGGUCGAGGAGAGGGAUGAGACGAGCGUUCGGAUUCCCCAGAGCCUCUGGGCAGGCAUGUCCCAGCGCUACUCUCCCUACUGA